GUUCUCACGUCUUGUAUCGGACCAAUCUCCGAUUUGACGAACAGCAACCUGACACCUUACAUCAACCUCCGCUCCCAAGCAAUUCGGCUUACUAGCUUGCCGUCUAUGCCGGUCCAACAAUUGAUUGUCCGCAGUCCUUCUCCCUGAUUUCUAGAAUCCCAUGUUUCGAAACGCAAACAGCUGCCGUCGUCCCAGGAACUGCACCAUCCUGUACCUGUGCGCCCUACAAACACACGCGCCCUUGGAGUCCUAGCACCAGAGCCCGCGGCAAUGGGCAAUGGCAAGGACAACGGGCAAGGCCAAAGGCAACAUGAUCCCGUCAUCACUAACGUCGACUUCAUCGUCAUCAUCCGCGCCAGCAGCACCAGCACCAGCACCAGCAACAGCAUCAGCAUCAGCAUCAGCAUUAGCAUCAGCUUGCCUUGCAUUGCACUGCACCGCACCGCACCGCACUGCAGAUAGACUUCCGCUGCUUCCAGUGUCAGACCAGCUGCUGCACUCAGACACACAGAGCCAACACACGGCCGCUUCACCUGCCAAGUCCCGACCGCAACGUCCCUACCGAGGAAUACGCGCCAUCUGCUAAGACGCAAAUUCUUCUGCCGCCACCUACUUCUUUUUUUUCUUCUUUUCUUUUCUCAGCUGUCAAGAGUUAAUGCUGCCUCAGACCAGCUACAUGAUUAUCCACGCUACCUCGACAACCGCAUACACGAUAUCUCAACCCCUGUCUUCUCUCGGACCUCCGUUGGGAGUCGUGCGUCGCCCGUCGACCGCUUCGGCCAUUUGCUGCCUUGAGAUGCCUGUCAUCCUGUGCGAUGAUUACCAACUGAAGCACCUAGCUCAGUCGCUCUGUGGGUGCCGCACCGCCCAGACCAGCUCCUUAGCAUGACGAGGUCCAAAUGCACUCUCGCCGAUUUCACAUACGCUUGGUCGCCUCUCCGGCAUCGUUCUUGGGACUUCCACUUCGACUCCAUCAUGGCUUGCUUGGGCCAGUGCAGGGCAUUUUGCUAUCUGCCGUGCCGUCUAAACAGCUUAUCCAUGUUCAAGAUUGCGUCCAUCCUCAACCCCACCUAGACUUGGCUGCCAAUGGUUUGAUUCGAGUGUCUAACCACAUAGCCAGAAGGCACGAAAGAAACCGCCAUCACAGCGCUGACUUUCCCUCUCACCACAUCUGUUCCACGUCCGCCACGCCUAGCUGCAGCUCUUGUGUGACUGCAUACUUGCCACGACAGCUCAUGAAACCCAAUGCAGCAAUAUUUUGCCAACGGCCGGCCGAUCGCGUCGAUCGUCGCGCCAGCAUUCUGUUGCCCUACUCUGGUCUGGGAAGCCUGCCCAAUGACUCCCGCCAGCAAAAAGCCGUUAGCCACCAAUCAUAAUUCCCAUCAUCACACAUCUUGAACUCGAAUCCAGAUACCUCAAAGACAUGGCGGCGGGCUCAAAUCCGUCAUCGGAUGGAUUCUAGCUCAUUUUGGGGCGCCUCGAGUAACGCCAACAGCAGCCAACGAGGCAUAAACAAC